CCCGCCCCUGCGGGUCACGUGAGGUCGCGCCGCCUGGACCACCGAAAUGCGCUGCCCAGAAGUGCGCUGGGCGCCAGUGCUCGUUUCUGUGUGGGCUGUGAGAGUGCUUCUUGGGGUUCGGAGGGGAAGAGGGUAGGUUCUGGCGAGUUUUUCCUGCCAGUCUUGUCCGGCGCCGGCUUCCUCGUUUUCCUUAGCGCCUCGUCAGCACGCUGCCCCUGAACUCCCUUUUCUCUGACCGGAUGCCCCGGCGUCUCGGCCUCACAGAAGCCGCAGAGAUGGCUGCGGAGCCUCCUAGAGUCCCGGUCCAGACCUUUGCCACCGAGGCGUGAUCCUCUUUGUUUAAAAGAAGUUGGCCCAACAGAUCCCCGUGGCCGCUUUUAAGGUUCUUGCUUUUCCAAAGCGGGAGGAGUGCACAGAGCCAGGGGACAUCAGCCAUGCUCCAAACCACUUGGCCUCAGGAGCCAGUGACCUUUGAGGACGUGGCCGUGUACUUCACCCAGAACCAAUGGGCCAGCCUGGACUCUGCGCAGAGGGCCCUGUACAGGGAGGUGAUGCUGGAGAAUUACGCAAACGUGGCUUCCCUCGUGUCUCCAUUCCCCAGACCUGAUCUGAUCUCCCAGCUGGAGAGAGGGGAAGCUCCAUGGGACCCCGAUCCCUGGGAAACAGAGGAUUUGAGAGGCAUCUGUCCAGGUGGUGAGAGGGGCAUCAAGACAGAAGAGCCAGCGGUAGAGCAGCAAGCCUCCGAGGGCACAGAGGCCCACGGCAGGCCCGUGGGAGGGCCUCUCACGAACGGGUCUCAGCACUUGGAUUUUGAAAGCAAGGCAGUGUGGCAGACUAUCAAUCUGAACCCGAAUCUGAUACUUCGAGGUGGCAUGAAAUUCUACAAAUGCAAAGAAUGUGGGAAGAUCUUCCGAUAUAACUCACAGCUCCUUAGGCAUCAGAGUAGGCACACUGGGGAAAAGCCCUUCAAGUGCAAGGAGUGUGGCAAAGCUUUCAAGUCCAGCCAGAACUGUAUCAUACAUGAGAAAAAUCACAUUGGCAAAGGACCCUAUGAAUGUAAGGAGUGUGGCAAAGGUCUGAGUUCCAAAACUGCCUUGACCCAGCAUCAGAGGAUCCACACGGGGGAGAAGCUCUAUAAAUGUAAGGAGUGUGGCAAAGGUCUGAGUUCCAACACUGCCUUGACCCAGCACCAGAGGUUACACACUGGGGAGAAGCUCUAUAAGUGUAAGGAGUGUGGGAAGGCGUUCACCCAGAAGAUCACUUCCAUUCAGCAUCAGAGAGUUCACACCGGAGAGAAGCCCUAUGAGUGUAAGGUGUGUCGAAAAGCCUUCAAGUGGUAUCCCAGCUUUCUUCAGCAUCAGAAAAGGCACCGUGUGGAGAAGCCCAUCAAGGCUUUCGGGCCGCCCCUGCUGCGUCCCCAGGGCCCCUCUGCAUCCUUGGCUCCCGGGUGUCUCCCAGGCCCGGGCUCUGGUCCUGCUGUGGCCGUGGCCUUGCCACACGCCGUCCUCAUUCCUGCCUCCGGGCCUGUGUUCAUGCUGCUGCCCGCCUCCGGGGUUCUUUCUUCCCCUGUCCAAGUAGUUCGUGUUUUACAGGGUCUUCCUCCUGCUGUGAAGCCUUCCCCAGUUAUUCUGACCCCUUCUCCUCACCCCCCGUGACCUCUCUCUUGGCACUUCUCUGGCUGUUACAGCAGAUCUCUAACCUACCUUCAGCUUGAUCUGUAGCUUUUACACUGUACUUGUGUUCCAGCUAUUUGAGCAUAAACCCCAUUGUAAUCGAGAUACAUUUAAAGACUGUGUUAUAUACAAUAUAUUCGCUUCUGGGUAGAAAAUGGAAACACUUGACUUUCGUAUUGGUCCCUUUCAGACUUGAACAGUAAUGACCGUAUCUGCAUCAUGGGGCUGCUCGUGGGUGAAGUGCCGGUAGGACGCUGUGGUGAAUUAGGGAUGUUUCAGAGAAGAUAUCCCCAUGUCAGGCCCCUGUGAUGUGAGAGAAGCUGCCUGGGAGAUACAGGAGGCAUGUGAGAUCUGUCAGAGUUCAGAACUGGCCUGAGUUUCCAACCAGGGCCUUUAGAAAUGAAUGCAGGUGGUUCAGUGGUUGAAGGUUCAUGGUGUCUUCAUGCAGUUGAAGUUGGGUUGCCUUUGACACAGACCAUUGAGGAUCUCAUACGUCUCUGAAAAAAAUCAUGUAAAAUAACCAGUUAAAAAACAUGUAUUGGGCCUCACGGGUGGCUCAGGGAUUAAGAAUUCACCCCUAGUGCAAGAGAAAUGGGUUCAGUCCCUGGUCCAGGAGAUCCCACAUGCUGUGGAGGAAGUGAGCCCCUGUGUCGCAGCUACUGAGCCCACCUGCCUCAGCUACUGAAGCCCGAGAGCCCUGGAGCCUAUGCUCUGUGACAAGCCGCUGCCGCAAGAAGCCUGUGUACUGCAACUAGAGAGUGGCCCCUAAUUGCUGCAGGUGGAGAACAGCCUGUGCAGUAAAGAAGACCCAGCACAGUCAAAACAAGGAAUACAUGUACACAGUGAUCGCAAUUAUUUAUCUGAUUGAUAGCAGUCAUGUCUUGAAACAUGGAAGGUGUGUGUUUUUUAAAUCUUUAGUUUUGCUCUUGAUAUGCAGUUGUUUCCUUUUAACUUUGGUUUCCUAAGCACACAUACACCAAAGCAUUCGUCUUUGCUCCACCCAUUGUGUACAUUUUUCUUGGUGGCCGUUCUGGUUUGCUGUUGGCCAGUGUUGGUUUCUGCAUUUCCUUUUCUCCAGAUAGCAUAAAUUAUGAGUUUGGCAAAUUACUAAAGAAAUAGGAGCAGAUGAUUGGGGGAACUCUGAACAUGCCUGUGUAAUGUUUUUAAAUUUUUAUUUAUUUAUUUUUGUUGGUACUGGGUCUUCAUUGCUACACUGGGCUUUCUCUGCUUGUGGUGUGUGGGCUUCUCAUUGCAGUGGCUUCUCUUGUUGUGGAGCACGGGCUCUAAGGUGUGUGGGCUCAGUAGUUGUGGCAUGUAGCCUUAGUUGCCCCAUAUUAUGUGAAAUCUUCCCAGACCUGGGAGCAAACCUGCAGUCCACCAGGCUCCUCUGUCCUCCACUGUCUCCUGGAGUUAGCUCAAAUUCUUAUCCAUUGAUCAGUGAGGCUCUUUAACCAUCUAAUCCUCCACCUUCUCCUUCUGCCUUCAGUCUUUCCUAGCAUCAGGGUCUUUUCCAGUGAGUCAGCUUAGUAUCAGGUAGCUGAAUUAUUGGAGCUUCAGCUUCAGCAUCAGUCCCUCCAAUGAGCACUCAGGGUUGAGAUCCUUUAGAUGGACUGGUCUGAUCUCCUUGCAGGUCAAGGGACUCUGAAGAGGUUGUGACAGGUUAGUGAAGGAGAACUUUGGAUUGUUCUUGCUUUUGACUUUAGAUGAGGUCUUUUAUAACUAUGCAAAGGACUAUGUGAAGUAAUUCCUGGGAAAAGAACUGAGUUAUGCAUUACAGGCAUACCUUAUUUUAUUGCACCUCAUUAUAUCUGUUUUGCAUAUACUGUGUUUUUUACAAAUUGAAGGUUGUGACAACACUGCAUUAUCGGAAAAUGGCUAAGAUAUUUUAGCAAUAAAUAAUUUUUAAUUAA